AUGACAACACCAUAUCUGCCAACUGUAGAUGAUCUACCAAAGAAUCUAUUAUGUGAUAUUUUACCUUCGAAAGAUGGAAAAAAUACUAAUAUCUUGAUAUUACUCCAUGGAUUGGGGGAUACAAAGGAUGCCUUUACACAACUUGCAAAAAACCUAUCCCUUCCUCAAACCGCCUCCCUAAUCCCGCAAGCACCAACCCCCAUCCCCGCCCUCAUAACCGGAUCCGAAGAUCCCUCUUUCCACUGGGCCCGCGAUCUCGAAUUCGAUUCCGCAACCGGCGAGCUAGAUCUCGAUGCUGAUCUUUCUACCUCCAUCACCCUCUUGACUUCCGUCAUUGAGGUUCUAAUAAAAAAAUGUAACUAUCCGCCACGAAAUAUAUUUAUAUUUGGGUUCGGACAAGGAGGUAUGCUGGCUCUUUCUACGCUCGCAUUGCCCUCGUCUUCUAUUGUACAAAAUGAAGAAUUGGGAGGUGUAAUAUCAAUCGGUGGACGUCUUCCCACAUCCUUUUUUCCAAACUCAAAUUCGGGGGCGGAUGGAAAAGGGGAAGUGAAAACUCCAAUACUGGUAGCAGGCGGAAACAAGAAAACGGAAAUCACAAGGACACAAUUGGAUAAGAUUAAGAGUGCCUUUGCAGAAGUAGAAUAUGUGAAGUGGGAUAGGGAGGGAGAUGGGAUGAUGAGGGGGAGAGAGGAGGUUUUGCCGCUGAUGAGGUUUUGGGGGAGGAGGUUGAGGAUGGGGGUUCCGGAGGGGACGAGGGAAGUUUAA